AUGGUGGUCGAGGUGACCGACCAACUACUCUCCCCGAAGCGAUCGAGUCGCGCCCCGAAACCAAGUGCAAAAGUACAUGAAGCGAUGCAAUCACUUGAGGAUGCGGCAACUACGUCGAGAAGAGCUAUAACUUAUACUACGCGGAGCGCCGCAUCGAAAGGAACACGUUUAUUGGGAACCGGGAGCGGAGCCAACGGCCAACUGAGGCGGGGAAAACAGCGCUUUAGGCGCUCCUAGAGGCAAUCAACGAACAGCGAAACGAGACGUGCGAGAUAAUUGCCGAGCAAGGAAAUAUGAUCUGUGAGCAACGAAACAUAAUUUGCGAGCUACGCGACGACGCGAUCCAACAGCUCUUUGAGGAGCUGAGACAAGCCCUAGAUCAGAUCGAUGCUCUCGUAUACAACCUGGUCUUUACGGCUUUAGCUCAGCUAAGCCUAAUAAGAGUAUCAUACGCCGACGUCGCCCGCAUACCACCGUCAAGCCAGCCGAGCGGGCUGCACACCCUCUCGUCACCGAACACAACGUCCCCGACCUUACCGACACCUUGUUUCAUACAAUCAACACAUCCAGAGUGAAGGAUGGAUAGAAGGGAAAGGUCCAGGUGGCUGACAUCAGAAAGACGAUCGAGACAGA